GUAAUUUCAAUGUUGACAGAAAAUCAGUAAGAAUGGAUUUACUGGAAACUUUUGAAUUGCUGAAAAUAAAGAGUAUUCCCAAUGUGUGGGUGCACACCGUCUGGGAGCUGGACUUCACUGAGACAGAGCCGCUGGAUUACAGCAUCGAGGGAGAGAUAACUGAACACGGACUGGAGGCGUUUAAGAAGGUGUACAAAUGCCUGCUUCCGUUUGCAACAGACGGUCAGGGAAAUACUGAAAGUGUCUGGAGCUGGUUUUCAGAGUGCAAUGUUUCCCCCGGUGCCCUGGUAGCUCUGUUAUAUCACUUUGUACAGCUGGUCCAGAACAAGAAGGCCAGUGUCCCGCAGCGGGAAUCCGCCCUGCAUGCCGCUGGACUCUAUUUCCUUCUUCUUGAAAUCCCAGGUAGUGUAGCCAACAGGAUUUUUCACCCGGUGCUGUUUGACAAGUGCCUGGACACCCUGAAGAAGAGCUGGCCACAGGAGUCCGAAUCCGCAAGGAAACGCAAGAAGGAUGUGGUCAAGAGCUCCCAGAGUGAACCUAAAGGCAGGAAGAGGGCCAGACCGAUCAGAAGGGACGAGUCGGAGAUUGAUGAGGAGUUUGACGACGACGACCAGGAGGAGACGGUAUAUUUUUCUGGACAGGAUUUGCUCCAGGUUCGAGAGGGUAUCUUCUCCCUGCUCAAAAACCUCAUUAGGCUCCUGCCUAGAUUCCCUCUCAAGGAUAAGCCCCAGAGUGUCCAGCACUGCCUGCAGAUCUUGAUUGAGCUUACGAACUUUGAGCCUGUCAUCGGACUUCUAGAUUUCACUGGCACGCCGGAUGUUACCAGAAUGAAGACCCUCCCUGAACUGGCCUAUCACGGACUCCGGCUGCUGUGCUCUCCAAUGCACGGGGAAGGAGAUCAGACAGUUCGUCGAGUGUUCCACCGGAUUUUGUACGUCAUUCUAAUGAUGAGCGCGGGGGAAGGUUCGAAUCCUGUUCUGCUGGCUGCCACUCAGCAUGUGGUCAGCGCUAGAGAGCAGGCCGUCAGAUUUGUGAGUCAUAUAGUGGAUGAGCUGAAAGAAACAGUACUGCCUGUGUUUCGCAUUCUGCUUCAACACAUCUGCGCAAAGGUAACGGACAAAGCAGAUUACCGCACAUAUGGAGCCCAGGCCCUGGUGAAGUUGCUGUCCAAGCUGCCUUGUGUAGAAUACGCUGCCUUCAUAAAGUGGCUGUACAACUACUCCCGCCACACCAAGAUCCCGUACCGUGUGUUUGCUCUGGACGUGGCAAUGGCUCUGCUGGAGCAGCCUGAGCGCCAGGCGGACGAGGCCGUGCCCCCAGAGCAGGUGCAGUUCCUGCAGCACAGGUUCCUGAUCCAGGUCAUGGUGUUGGGACGCUGCUCUGACAAGGCUCCCACUGUGCGCAGCAGAGCCCUGUCCUCCCUCGCUCAGUGCCUCGAGCUCCAGACUGCCACCGCUGUCGGGGCCAUUCAGGAGCUGCUGCAAGGGACUUCAGGACGAACAGUAGACGAAGAGGGCCUCGCAACAUCACCAGACAACUCAGAAGCUAGUGCGUCUGCAACGCAUAAUCAGCAGAAAACACUGGGGGGCUUUAAAACAAUCGAGGUCACAAAGAGAGCGGAUGCCACGGUUUCUGAGGCAAGGGAGAUUAUUGCAAUGCUUCGACUGCGGGCAGGUGAUGAAAAGACCAGCGUGAGAAAAUCAGCUGUGCAGGUGUUCUCGAGUCUCCUGAAAUACAGUGUGAUCCCCUGCACUCCGGAGGACCUCUCCACUGUCCAGGAUCGCUGCAGAGACCCUGCCGUCUCGGUCAGGAAACAGGCUGUGCAAUCCCUCACGGAGCUGCUUACGGCUCAGCCGGGUAACAGACUGGUGCAGAAGGCAUGGCUGACCGGAGUGGUUCCUGUUGUCCUCGACGCUGAAAACUCUCUUCAGGAGAAGGCACUGGACUGUUUGGAUCAGGCGAUCCUUCACCACAUCAAAUGCUAUGACAAGUACAGCAAUGACGACAGCCACCAGAAACUGGCCUGGGACCUUCUGGAGCACCUAGGGGGCGAGAGCCAAGAGCUCUGUCGUUACCUAACCAAAGCCUUCCACAUCUGGUCUAAACAAGAUAAAUUCUCUUCCUCUUUUAUCAACAACCUGAUCUCGCACACCGAGACGGAGCACUCCGCUGCAGCCUGGAUGCUGCUGGCUAAGGUGGCAGGAUCGUCCCCCAAACUCAAUUAUAGCAAGAUCAUCGAGGCCUGGGACAACAUCAGCAGGGAACAAAACACCAGCACCAGCACAACAUGCCAUGUGCUGUGUGUGAUCGGACACGUGGCAAAGCACCUCAGUGAGGACACUAAGAGACGGCUGGUUGAUGACAUCAUGAAGUGGCUUAAGGCCUUCCAUUCCCCCCUGGUCGUGGUGAGCGCUGCUGUUGCUGCUCUGCGUAAACUGGGCCAGAGCGAGAGUCUGGAGGAGACACUGAGCUUCUUGAAUUGGCACUGUGGACAGCUGGUCUCUCUGUGUGACUCCUAUCUCUCUAACAUUGUCCUGAACAAGGAUGGAACUGCUUGUCUAGAUGAAGACCUGGUGGUAAAGUAUAUUUUCACUCUUGGAGAGGCUGCCCUCCUGUGUCCUUCCAAAGUGGAGAAACGAAUCUUCCUCCUGAUCCAGUCUAUCCUGGCUUCUAAUGUUAACCUGGAACCAUCUGCUGGAGACGGAGACAGUGAGGAUCUCCUAGCCUCACAACCCCUUUCUCAGUUCAAGGCCUCAGCCAUGCCCACUGUGGUCAGAGCUCAUGCUUUCAUCACCCUAGGAAAGCUGUGUUUGCAGAACGAGGACCUGGCUAAAAAGUGCAUCCCGGCUCUGGCCCAGGAGCUGGAGUUGUGCGAGGACGUUUCCAUUCGCAACAACGUGAUCAUUGUGAUGUGUGAUCUGUGUGUGCGCUACACCACCAUGGUGGACAGAUACAUCCCCAACAUUGCCAUGAGCUUGAAGGACAGGGAGCCCUCCAUCCGCAAGCAGACCCUCAUCAUGCUGACCAACCUGCUCCAGGAGGAGUUUGUGAAGUGGAAGGAGUCCCUGUUCUUCAGAUUUGUCAGCGUGCUUGUUGACCCAGACCCCAGCAUUGCCAGGUUGAGCGAGUUCUGUUUAGUUCAUCUGUUACUGAAGAGGAACCCUGUUAUGUUCUCGCAGCAUUUCAUCGAGUGCAUUUUCCAUUUCAAUGGCUACGAAAAACAUGAGAAGUAUAACAAAUUUCCACAGACCGAGCGAGAGAAGAAUCUGUUUUCCUUGAAAGGAUCUAAAAACAAAGAGAAGCGGAUGAAGAUCUAUAAGUUCCUGCUUGACCAUUUCACAGACGAGCAGAGAUUCAACAUCACCACAAAGAUCAGCCAGAAUGUGCUUGCUAGUUUUGUAGACGGCCUCGUCCCUCUGGAUAAGGAAGCCAGUGAUCUGUUGUCGGACACGUUUGAGGUCCUGCGCUCGAGGGAGAUCAAACUGUCAACCAUGAGAAGCAAGCCUGGCGAGGAGGUGCAGCCGGAAGAUGACGAGAUCGCCAUGGCCACCGCAGUCAUGCAAGUGGCACAGAAGAAACUCAUUUCACAGGUCCAAAAGAAGAAUUUCAUUGAGAAUGUCAUCCCUAUUAUCACUUCGCUGAAAAGUAUGCUGGAACAAAUGCGUAUUCCAGCCCUGAGGGAACUUAUGAGCUACCUGCGGGAAAUGAUGCAAGAUUACCGAAACGAGAUUAGCGAUUUCUUCGCUGUGGACAAGCAGUUGGCAGCCGAGCUGGAGUACGACAUGAAGAAAUAUGAAGAGCAGCUGGAGAAAGAGAGAGAAGCUGAGGACAUGAGCUCAGCAAUACAGCCUGACAUGGCAGCCGCACCUGGAACACCAAGGCCAUCUCCUCACGGAUCUCCAGCUGCUGCAGUGUCAGUCUCCGGUGGUGUUCGAGCGCAGACUCCAGGGGCGGCUGCUUCACCUCAGGGAGCUGCUGCUGGUUCAGCAGGCACACCCCUGCAGCCUCAGACCCCCUCUGCAGCUGUUUUCACCUCACCCAGACCAGUGGUGCCUAGGGCAAGGCAAAUGUCUCUGAGUACAGCCGCCAUACUGAACUCCGCCAAGAAAGUAGCUGAAACCCUAAGGAACCAGCGCAGCAGGUGUGUCAGCGCUGUAACUCCUGCCCCCUCUAGAGAGAACAGCCCCACGAGCAAGCCAGGAUCUUUAAGAGGCAGAGAUCUCCGUUUAUCCAGUUCCAAUUCAUCAAUGGUUGAAAGAGCCAUCAGUACUCCAGACAAGACCAUUGAAAAUGUGACUUUUAACGCUGGAGUCAGUUACAUCAGCAUGUCUGGAAGCGAGAAAAGGAAUUCUGAAAAAACAGACCAAAACGUUCUUUGCCUGGUGUCGCCUGAUAAGCUAGCCCCUCCGCCCCGGCAGUGGAACGUGGAGUCCCCGGUCUCCGUGCGACAGACCAGACGAGGAAACCAAAGGAAAACUGCAUUGAAACCAGCCAAUUAGAACACCAGCCCACUGCCGCAUGGUCUUGUGCAGUUCAUUUUUGGAGUCUGUGUUUGCACGUUUUUAACAGUUUUUGCUUUGAAAUGCCAUUUUUUUAUUUUUAUCACGCUAUAAUUUACUAUAACCGUCAUACACCAGCUGCUGUUAUAUAUAAUUACCUUUUUAUACAAUAUAGUUUAAUAACUCUAAUACAAAGAAGUGUGCAAAAAAACAGACGCUUCUGUCAUUCCUUAAUAUUGUAGAUACUCUGGAUAUCACAUCCCCUUGAGGAUAAUAAAACACGAAAGUUCAGGACAGUUGUAAAAGUGAGUUUUAUUAUUCAAAUCACAAACAGAGAGUUUUGGAAUUCACUUUUAGUUUUGUACAAGGAUUUGCAAGUGGAACUCAAAACUUCAAAAGAAAAAACAGAACCGAGGGACCAACCACACCAUCGAUCUUGUUCUCAAAGUCUUGCGACAUCAUAAAUUGUUACAACAUUUGGGUAAUUAAAAAAAAAUGAAUCUAACAAAAAAAAAAAAA